UUCUUUCUGUUUGACCUCUCAUUGGUCAUUGGCUCCUUGCUCUUUCUUUCUCUCUUUCUCUGAAGGUGGCCGACGGGUCCAAUAUAGAGAGGGAGAAAUUUCUUAUGUUUUGUUUUUUCUUUCUUUCCUCUCUAUUCUCCUAUUUUGAAAGUCAAACCAGAGGAAGAAAGAGCCAGAGAAGAACUUCGCACCUCUUAAAUUUCCGAACUAAAUUCAUCCUCGGAAUCAGGUUUCAUAUCUCUGCCCUUCUCUCUUCCUCUCCGUCUCCUUUCCCUGUUUUAGGUGGUUCUUUUUUCCCUUUUCUUUUUCUUCUAUUAAAUUGUUCGAUGAAUUCGAACAAUGCAUCGAGCUCCGCAGGCGGUGGAUCGGCCGAUUCCUCACCACCCAGGAGGAAUUCAAAGCGACCCAAAUAUUCGAGGUUUACUCAACAGGAGCUUCCAGCUUGUAAGCCAAUUCUUACACCAAAAUGGGUGAUCUCAGCAUUUUUGCUUGUUAGUAUCAUCUUCAUCCCCAUUGGUGUUGCUUCACUGCUCGCUUCCCGGGAUGUUGUUGAAAUUGUUGAUAGAUAUGAGACCGAAUGCAUACCAGCAGAUUCAAGAGGCGAUAAAGUCAAAUUUAUACAGGGCACAGCAAGCAAAACCUGCAAAAGAACUCUAACAGUCCCAAAACACAUGAAACAGCCUAUUUAUGUAUAUUAUCAGCUCGACAACUUCUAUCAGAAUCAUCGCAGGUAUGUCAAGAGCCGAAGUGACGAGCAGCUUCAUGAUCCCAAGAGCGCAAAUGACACGAGCAGUUGUAAGCCUGAAGAUACCUCAAGUGAGUCUCCGAUUGUGCCUUGUGGUCUCAUAGCUUGGAGCUUGUUCAAUGACACAUACAGCUUCUCUCGCAACAACCAACAAUUGACAGUGAACAAGAAGGGUAUUUCCUGGAAGAGUGAUAGAGAGGGGAAGUUUGGCAGUGAUGUCUACCCCAAGAAUUUUCAAAAUGGAACUCUUAGAGGUGGUGCGUCUCUGAAUGAAUCCAUACCAUUGAGUGAACAGGAAGACCUCAUUGUAUGGAUGAGAACUGCAGCUCUCCCAACUUUCAGGAAAUUGUAUGGAAAGAUAGAGGUAGACCUCCAAGUAAAUGAUGUCAUACAGGUGACGCUAGAGAACAAUUACAACACAUAUAGUUUUGGGGGAAAGAAGAAGCUUGUGCUUUCUACCACUAGCUGGCUUGGAGGAAAGAAUGAUUUUCUUGGUAUUGCAUACCUCACAGUUGGUGGAUUGUGCUUCUUUUUGGCCAUAGCCUUCACUGUUACAUACCUGGUGAAGCCAAGGCGGCUUGGGGAUCCCUCAUAUUUGUCAUGGAACAGAACUCCUGCGGGGCACUAAGCACUUUUCCUAGUUGUCAUACAUGGCGAAUGUACUGAUUCGCAUGUUGAUCGAUCUGAACGACUUUGCUUGUAAAGUAUGGACUGCCCCCAGUAGGGUCUUCGAAUUUUGUAUUAGAACAUCAAUAUAACUCAUGUAAUCAUUUCAGGGGAAAAAGAAUGUUUAUAUAAAUAUUUCUAUUCAAUUUCAA